CUAGAGGAAUAUGGUACGUGAUGGAAUAUUGACCAUCAAAAUGAAGGUUUCUGUGUUGAGAAUGCGCCCACUUAGAAAGAGUCGGUAGUUUCGGUGUCAUAUGUCUAACAAAAUCUGAUGUUGCUUCUUGCCCGAUUCGACGCUGAUUUGAUAAAAUAGAAGUCGAUACUUUCAACCGGAAAAAACAAAAAAGUCGCUACGCGAGUCUUCGGAGAUAAUGUUUUCAAUGAAACGGACGUUAGUCUCUGUUACUCACCAUCGCCUGGACCUGCUGAAAAUACCAUAACCUUCGUCGGCGGUAAAACGAAAGGAAAUUCCAGCCUGAUCAAAAGUAGCAUACUAGAGGAUAGCGAAUUGACGUCACAAUCUACUCCAUCACCAACUGUCCUAUUUCAACCCGAUCCCUCGGUGGAUCACCUGUCCUCUGCAAACACGCCUUCAGAAAAGAGAGUUUCUUUUUCACAGGAUGACAAGGAGAAUGUAAAUCUUUCAUUAAGUAGGGGCGCUUCUAGUGMAAGUAAAGCUGCAUCUCGUAAUUCGUUUCGCAAUGCCGAGCUAAAUCGUCUUCGUGCGAGCAAGACAAAGUCUCCUCUGCGACGCAAUUUAGURAAAAUGACAGAGGCAACUAUUAAUGAUGUGACAACAAGUAUCGAAAGAUCAGCAUUAAAAAAGAAGAAACAAAAUUUGWUUCCGUCGUCAUCCAUGUACAAAUCCAUAGAUGCCGGUCGAAACGCAAGAAAGAAAGUUGUCAACAAGAAAAAUGAGGAAGCAAAGUCUGUCACUUUCCAAUGGGACCGAGAAAACUCUGAAGCGAAGUCCCUUCAAAAAAAGGUUGAGGAAAGUCGACGACAAAUUCGAGCAAUCCAGAGAAAGUUGACGACGGCCCAUUUCAGAGAGAAAGCACAACAGGACGAAGCAGAAAAAUUUGAUAGGUUAGCCAAACUCGAAAAAGAAUACAUGUUCAAAUCGGAAGUGUUCCAAGAUCAUCAACAAAAACUGAAGGAGGAUCGGGAUAGAAACAGGAAGAUGUCGAUGGACGCACGAGCAAACAUUCGAAGAAAUAAGCGUGAAGGGAAAGAAUUCCUAGAGGCCAUGAAGCUCGAAGAGGACCAAGCCAUGUACGAGGUUCGUGCAGAUUUGCACCGGGCUCGAAUGGAAACAAAGAGAGCGAACRCAGAGAAGCGACGAAUGAGUUUCCAAUUUCGCGCUGGUGACGCUAGGAAAAUUAGAGAGAUGAGGUCAGUAUGGARAGGAAAGGAGCUUCAUGAGCAGCAUAUCGGGCACGAACUUACCCGUGGAGCAGCCAAAGAUGUCGAAAAUUACAAGAAGCGCAUGAAAAAGGCAGAAUGUGACGACUUCAAGCAAAGAAAUCUUGAUGCUCAUAAAUUUCGACAACGGCAAAAGGAACAGAGGUAUCAAGCGUAUUUGGCUGAGCACAAGAGUUACGAAUUGAAAUGGCAGGGUGAGCGCGAUGCAGAAGCUUAUCGAAAGAAAAUGCAUGAAGAGAGACGAAAGAGUUUAGCCGGGCGCAAYAAGGAAAGUGCGCGACAUGCAAAUGUGAUGGAAGAACUUCGAAACAUAGCGAAAGAAAAGGAAGCCGAAUCUUAUAUGCUUAAAUUUGAUGCUGAMAACGAUGUGAAGACUUAUGUUGCUAAGCUUGCUGAAGAACGACGAAAGUCWUUGCAACUCCGUGGUGAAGAAGCAAGAAAGCGUCGUCAGUAUGAAGAUGAACAGCAUUCGAAAGCAAUUGAAAGUGCAUUYAUAGAGAGUGCUCUCCAGUCUGAUUGUAAGUUUUUUGUGAGCCAUCGUUGAAUUUCUUAUCAAAGAAUUUUUUCAAUUGAACUUCGCAAACGCCCUCAACAAUACUCUCAAUCUGUUUGUCAUCAACCCAUUUGUAGGUCAAAAGGAUUUAGAGAAAUACGAAGCAGANAACUUUGGCUUAGUUAUCGACCCUUAUGCAGUAUGUUAUCAUGUAAUGAAAGACAACAGGGGUCACUCGAAGUUCUUUGACCGAUUGCAUCAUAUCAAGAAGCUGGGGAUUGGGACUAAUCGGGAAGCUAUAGUGAUGCAUGGCUUCAAUAGUCCUAUCCCAGAACUAUUCGAUGAUUCAGGGGAUCGUCAGAGCUCUCCGUAUACGUCAUCCUUUAGCAAGUUUCCUACUCAUAAGGACUGGGUUGAUAAAGGAAAGAAACAAAUACCAACAGGAAUUACAUUGGUGAGAUCCCAGCUCAACAUACACGCUGACAACUUCCUAAGGCCAGGGAGCAGGGUUCACACUGUUUGCAAGCUCUCCAUCUCCGAGUCCUGUGCAGCUAUGGAAAAAUUCUGUACUUGGCUCAACAACUCGCAUAAUAAUCUAGUGACUUACGGGAUGUCAAAAGACAAAGCUUGGAUCCUCACCACAAAACUUGGUGAAAGAGUUUUUCGAGAACUGUUUGCAGUCCGAUCUGGUGUUGCGGAUGGGUUUAAUGUGUGUGGAGAAGACACUUCGAAGCUUGAUAUAGCCGCAAACAUCUGGUUCUAUGUCCCUAAAACACUGGAUGUCCUCAAAGAGUUUGUUGAUGCAGACUUUGGAGAUCAUGAGUCUAUUGCGGGAGAGUACAUCCACUUCUUGGUUCAUAACACAAACUCUGCCGAGGUGACUACUUUUCAGUCAGACGUGAAUGAGGUUAAAGACUUGCUAAACACAUCCAAAAAGCACUGGGACAAGGAGUUCAAAUCAGUAAAAUCAGCCUUCGACAGUGCAAACAAAGCAGCUACAACAUACAAUAAUAAACUCACCGAACACACCAAGAAAAUCAAGGAAUGGGCUUCUGGACAGUUUGCCUCGAAAUGACGGUGGCGGGAUAAGCAAGUAACCUUUGUAGAAAAACAGUUAUUGCCUCUAUCCCAAAGAUUAGAACUGAUCGAUGAAACGAUUCACAAUGCCACCGGGCCUAGGGUGUUUAAGCACGGAUGU